UGGUCAAAGGUCAAAACAAGGAAUACACAAAAAGGGUCAAAACAAAUAAAACUAUGGUAAAGAUGUCAAGAAUAAAGCUGAAGUUUGAUGGUUUUGAUAUGCCACAGUGCAUGUUCCUUAUUGAUCAAGAUCUUGUAUUGAUUAGCGACCUAAAACGAAGAAUCAAAAAACGUUUUAGCAUUCAAAAAUCAUGUAAACUCAGUUUGUUUAUUGAUGAUUUUCUAAUACCGCCUCAAGAUAGCAUCAAGUUGAUUCACGAGAACGACGUGGUAGUGGUGAGGGUUGACAGCAGGGUAAGUGAACCAGCUGAAAUAGAAAGCACACCAGAUGUCAGAAAAAGCAAAAAAAGGAAAAGAACUUCUCCCGAAAUUGAAGAACAGAAGAUAACAACAAACAGCCAGUUGAGAAGGCAUUGUAAAUCACCUACAGUCAAGGGAAAAAAUGAAGUGAAUGGAAUUGAAACACAUAGUUUGAAAAGGAAAAAGCAGGAAGGAAAAAACCCAAAUGACAAUGAGACAGCAAAGAAGAAAGUAAAGAAUAAGAAAAAGAAAUCAGAUGAACAAAGUGAAAAAUAUAAGAGAAGCUGUGAUGCAGAAGUAAAGUUAAAAAAUGGUAGUUCAUCAAAUAGUUGUACUUUGUUAAAAAAAAAGACAGAAGCAAGUAAAUUGAGAACAGGAACAUCAUCAAAAUUGAAUACAUUACGUGGUGAAAACAACACCUCAAAGCAAACAGGUACCAAUAAGAAAAAUAAUUCGGCAGCAAAGGAAUCAACUAGUGAUAGCUCAUCAUCAGAUGACUCUUCAUCCUCAGAUGAAGAUCACAAGAAAAAGCCAGCAAUUAUCUGGAACUCUGAAAAAAAACAUGCUAAAAAACUAUGUAGUAGUAAUCAAAAAAACGAGGAUGUAUUAAAAGCAGUUCAUGCUGCCAGUGUCCAAGCAACAAAGAAUGUUCGUCAGUUGAAAAAGAAGGGUGACAAAAAGCAUAUAUUUUUUACAUCGGAUUCAGAAAGUGGUUGUGACAAUGAAAUUGUAGUCAAUGAGAAACAAGAGGAGACAAAUGAAAUGGUAUGCGAUGCAAAAGAAAGUGACAAAACAGUUGACUAUUUUGUGAAGGAUGGAGAGAAUGAAGACUGUAAUGGUCAAGCAGGGCAAGAACCAACACCUGAGGAGACAAGAAAUUUACCAGCUCCGCCAACCAGAGACUACAACAGUCUACAACCCCUUAUUGGGCCACCAAGAGUAGGGGAUCUUAUUGCCUACAAGGUAAUCGAACUUACAGAGAAUUACUUGCCUGAGGUAUCUUCAUACAUGGAAGGGAAAGUAGUGGAAUAUGACAUUGGCACGCAAACUGUAACCGUGGAAUUGAGUGAUGGUUUCACUUCAAAAGAUAAAAUCAAAAGAGAAGGAAGAUUUGAAAUGGACCUAGAUGAAUACAGAGAAGAUAACACAAAUGAUGAUAAAAAGGUAUCUAUACUAUGGUCAUCAUUUAUAGCCCCAAGACUCAUCACAUAGUAAAAUAUGCAGUGUCUUGAAUGUUUACAUGGUGAAUGACACAGUAUGUCCUCAAUCCAGGAGCCUUAGACAACGGACUAUAAAUGAUAAUUUAUUUAAUCAUUAUUAUCUAUCACCUGAAAAUGACAAUGUCAACACAGUUAAAGCUCAGAAC